AUUGGCGUGAAUAUUUAUUUACUGCUGUGAACUUUGAAUUUGUUUCAUGUCAUGAAAUCUUCUCAGGUUGCUGUUUUUUUCUUUCUUCCGUGACUCUCACCUCACAAAACGAAAGUUCAUAACUCGCCAGCAAGGAUGGACAGGACGCAUUUGCUGAGUGACCAGGAUGAAGCUCACCCUGGUCCAUCAUGUCCUGCUGGAUCUUAUGCAGAUCCAAAUACAGUGGCAAAGGAUGGGGCGACGGCUCCUCCUGCAGAUAUGAUGCCUGUCGUUCCUGGAUAUGAGAGUUUGGGACCUUAUGUUAUUCCACCAUCAGAUUUUGGACCGACGCAACCACAAGCCCCAUCCAGAGCUCCAGAGAGACGCUUUGACAUUCCUGCCAUCACUGAAGAACUCGCUCAUGAGGCCUUCAUAAAAUAUGCCAGCAGCAAAUGCUGUUACAGCUCUAAACCAGCCAAAGAGAUGGUGUUCACAGACCUGCAGUCCCUCAACACAUAUCGGUACCGGUUGGAGACUUUUACAGAGUCCAGAACAACAGAAUGGGACAGUGAACCAUACAAUGGUCAGGUGGUGGAUGGUUUCGGAGUGGCUCCUGCUCCAUGGAGCAUCCCGGUGCCCAUUCCUUCCCUCUUCCAAGACUGCCAGAAAGCCGUCCGCGUUCCUCACACGUCCACUGUCAAAGGCUGUCAUUCAUGCCUGAAUCUCGGUAGAUCUGCUUGCAGAAGAUGUGUAAAUUCAGGCAGGACUCAAUGUGCAUUCUGCGGUGGCAUGGGGAGAACUGCCUCCAAUCGCUGCAGUCCGUGUCAUGGCUCUGGCAUGACUAGGUGUCAUUCCUGUGGAGGAGUUGGUUCAAUCACUUGCACAACUUGCAAAGGGCAAGGAAAGCUCCUCUGCUUUAUCAAACUUAAAAUCACAUGGAAGAACAACGUUUAUGUGGCAGUGAUUGAUAAGGGCUCGGGAUUCCCGGUUGAGCUUCUUGAUCGAAUUAGCGGAGAGAAACUUCUUACUGAUAUGGCUCCAAUGGUUUAUCCAGUUGUCAGUUUUCCGGACAGCUCUGUGAACGCUGAGUCUGAAAGUGCCGUGAGGGAACAUCAGGCUCAGUUCGCAACCACUUGCCGUAUUCUGCAACAGAGGCAGACCAUUGAGCUCAUUCCCAUCACGCGAGUGCAUUAUGUCUGGAAUGAGAAAACCCACAUUUAUUUUGUAUAUGGAACCGAACACAAAGUCUACACCAAAGAUUAUCCUGUCAAAUGCUGCUGUUGCUCCAUCCUUUAAGCAUGCUGUAUAAUGCCUGUGCUGCCAGUACUGUCCGUUAGACCCAUUACAUCAUUUUCAUAUUAAUGGUCAAACAACUUUAAAAUUAUUACAAAGAAACUAGAAGACAGUUUGAAAGAAACGGAACAUAGAAUGUCUAGAUGUACUAGAUAGAAUAUAUAGAGCAUCUGUAUUUUACCCCCUAAAAUCAAAGGGGAAAAAACAAACAAAAAAUUAUAAUCCGUAAACUUUUAGAAGGUUUUUUUUUUUUUAAGUACAGAAGCUUGUUUCCACCACUGGAUAAAAAUAUUGUGACUUUUUGGAAUUUGGGGAAAAAAAAUUCUUGCAGUUUAUAUUUUUAUAGCUCUUGUCUCAGUUCUGUCUUUUUUCCUUGCAGUUCUGAAAAAAGCAGAAUUGCAAGAUAAAAAACUCGCAAUUUUUUUCUCACUUUUCCCAUGUAAACUUGCAACUGCGAGAAAUAAACUUGCAAUUCUAAUAAAAAGUGUCAAAAUUGUUAUAAAUAAACUUGUGAUUGCGAGAAAAAAGUAAAAAUUGUUAGAUAAAAAGUCACAGUUGACUUUGAAACUUUUUUUAUUAAUAUUCAGUGGUGGAAGCAAAAAAAAAACAUUUUUUUUCUUUUUCAUUUCCUUGUAUUUUGGAUAAAUAUAUUUUGGAUAAAUAUCAUAUUACAGUAUAUUAUUUUUAUGUCUGCUCAUCAAGAACAAUUAUUAUGAUAGUUGUUACACAGAGACAAUUAUGACAUCAUGCUACAAAAAAAAAAAAAAAAAAUUGCAAUACAUUACACACAUUUUUUGCUUAGCUUUAUGUUAUACAAUAAUUUCUAUAUGCAUUGUUACACUGUGGCUAAUCCUAUACUGUCCUAAAUGAAUAAAUUACUUAGAAAAACUA